CCCCCUCGGGCCGCGGCCCGGUAACGCGGGCGCGCAGCAGGGGCCCCGCUCCGCCGCCCUCAGCGCGGGGAGGCCGGGCCGCGCCCCCUGAGGCGGCCGGCGGCAUUCCCCGGCCCCGCCGCGCCUGCGCGCCCCGUCCCGCCGCGGCGGCAUGUCGCUGCCCGAGCCCCUCAGGCGGCAGCUGGGCUCCUUCAGCCGCACCGUCUUCACCGACAGCCACCGCACCAGCCCGCACCACCCGCCUGGCCGCGCAGAUAAUGAAAUAGUUUCCAGUUUGCCACUGCAGAUGUCCCUCUAUUUCAAUGUUUAUUUUUUCCCAUUCUGGUGGCUCAGCACAGUCGUCAUGCUCCAUCUGAAGUAUCCGAUCUUGUCAGAUUACUACAAGUUCAUCCUGGUCACAAUCAUGAUCCUAGCCUCUCUAAUAGAGGUCAUUCGACUCUACCUGGGAUACAUGGGCAAUCUGCAGGAGAAGGUCCCUGAACUGGCUGGGUUUUGGCUCCUGAGCCUCCUCCUGCAGUUGCCUAUAAUUCUCUUCUUGCUGUUCAACGAAGGUCUGAGAAUUCAGCCACUGGAACGAGCAGUCAAUAUGAUCUUUGCCCUCUUCCUCACCUUCCAAGUCAUUGCAGCCUUUGUCACCCUGAAAAGAAUGGCAAACAAACUGGCAACUCAAUUCCGCCUCCGUGAAUUUGACCAGCUGAAGGAUCAUCCUGUGCCCGAUUUUUACAGCCUGGGUAAAGAAGCGAGAGCAGUUCCCAUGGCUGGCAGGGACCCCAGUGCUGGCUGGGGGUCACACACUGAGGGCCUGAGAAGCUAACAGGGGUGGGCCUCAUGUUGCUGCAGCUCUGUUUCCAUUUUGUUGGGUCAUUCUUUACCUUCCUACAUCAGAGAUAAAAAAAUAGAUCUUGCUUAAGAGCCAACAGUGAACCUCAGAGACUGGAGCUCCACUCUGCGAGAAAAAAAACUCAAAGCCAAUUCCAUAACUGGCUUGAGUGGACUGUUUGUGGACUGUUACUGCACAGAGUACCAGAGUAGAUUUGGUGGUGGUUGUUGGGUUGGUUUUUUUGUUUUUGUUUUUGUUUUUGUGUUUUGGUUUUUGUUUUUUUUACAAAAUCUGGCAUUUGGGAAAAACAAAAAACAAACCACAAAGAGAAGUCUUCUUUUUUCUCACUGUUUGCACAAAAUUUUGUUUACAAUAGAUCUUCGAUACACAUUUUUGUUUGUGUUUUCUCUCUAUUCUUCCAGAUAUGUUGCACAUAUUUAAUGUCUGGUACCCCAGUUAAGCCAAAGCACACCGCCCCCCCCAACACCACACCCCCCUCCAAAAUCAACCCAAAACAACAAAGAACCCAAAAAAAUCUAGGGGCCCAGAAAGAACAAUGGUAAGACAGUGAACAAAGACUACAGUUUCUGAGAUGGUCUUCCAGAUAGUUGCAGCGCUAGGAAUUCCUUACUAAUAAAGUAGGAAUGGAACUUUAGAAGUAUUCCUUCCUCAAAACUCCUGCGUUAAUCUUCUUUGGCUUAGCUAGAGUUUUAACUAUCAAGCCAUUUAAACAGAGUGGUGCAAUUUUCUCAAACAGAGGAUUCAAUAAGUCAGCAGUAACAAAAUUACAGCCAUUAAAAAAAUUGGUUUAUGUCACUGAAAGGCAGAGCCCGUUCUCACAAGCCAGGGCAUAUACCAAGGUUCUCUCAUUCCUGUUACCUGCAUUAGUGUCCUGACUAUCUUCUCCAGUUUUGGUAAUGGCUAAAAGUUCACUUUUUCUGUCAAGGAGGGAUGAGGAUCAAAAGUUAAGAUACAUUUUUCAUCUGAAUCCUUUGAGUCUUCAGCAGGGCAAGAGUCAUCAGUUUUGAGAGCUGGCACAAACAUCCAAACUGCUCAAAGGAAUGUAAAGAAGAUGGAUCUAAUACGAAAAAGGCACAGUAUGCUUCGAGCUGCUGUGUCGUUAAAGCUUAUAGGACCUCCAGUGAAAAGAUGGCAUUAGCUUUGUUUUGUGCCAAAAUGGCUUGUUUUCUUUUUAAGUCAUGAGUGAAUGCUAAAAUUAAUUCUACUAAAUUUCCUUCUUUUUUUUUUUAUAAAGCAUAUAUUAUCAGAGCACA